GUUAAGUAUGGAUGAGAAUGUUGUUCGCUUUUUAUUUUUUUUCUAAUAAUUUGACUAAUGAGUAGUUUUAGGGAUGCGGAUGGGAAGAUGUGACCUCCUCGUCACUGAUUCAACAGUACCAGCAUUCUUUUCCCCCUCCUCUCGCCUCUUGAAAUUUCUUUUAGCAACACCUCUCUCCGACUCUCCCUCCAUUUUUUUGUCUCCGAUCCAUUCUCAAUUUCUCAGACCCAUUACCAGGUUUCCACCAAACUAUGGAUCUAGCCCCAGAAGAGCUCCAAUUCCUAAAACUCUCAGAUAUCUUCAGAGAAGCAGUCGCCAUCCCAAAACAUUGCCCAAAGACCUUCUACCUCAUCAUCCUGACCCUUAUCUUCCCUCUCUCCUUUGCCAACCUACCUGACUCUCUCUCCACCGACUCACUCUUAGCUGACCUCAAGAUCUACCCACAAGCUGACCCGUCCCAGACCAGCCAUGCAUCGACCAUCUUCCGAUCACUCUUACCGUUCUUCUACGUCAUCUUCAUCUGUGCCUUCACCCUUUUCUCCACCUCCGCCGUUGUCUUCACUGUCGCCUCCCUCUAUUCCUCGAAGCCCGUCUCCUUCUCCUCCACAAUGUCUGCCAUUCCCAAGGUCUUCAAGCCCAUAUUCGUAACAUUUUCCUGUCUUGCUCUUUUGAUGUUGGUCUACAAUUUGGUGCUCCUUACUUUCUUGGAGAUAAUAGCCACUGUUGCCCGUGGCGGCCUUUUGCUGUUUCUUUCUUUGGUGGCCAUCAUCUUGCUCUUUCUUGUUGCGUAUUUCUAUAUGAGCGCCUUGUGGGUAGUGGCCAGCGUGGUUUCGGUGCUGGAACCGGUACACGGUUUAGCCGCAAUGAAGAAGAGCCGCGAAUUGCUGAAGGGGAAGACCCGUCAUGCCUUGGCGCUCGUUUUCCUAUAUUCGGCUGCCUGCUUGGUUAUUAACGCCGUGUUUGACUCGGUGGUGGUGCUCGGAGGGAACAAUUACGGGGUUUUUGUGAGGAUUGUGGUGGGUGGGUUCUUGGUGUGUGUUUUGGUGAUUGUGAAUUUGGUGGGGUUGUUGGUACAGAGCGUGUUUUACUAUGUUUGCAAGAGCUAUCAUCAUCAGGGGAUUGAUAAGAACGCUUUGCAUGAUCAUCUUGGGGAGUAUCUCUGAAGAGCAGCAUUCAGAUGGAGAAUUUGGAAAUCUGAGAUGGGGGCGAGCAACCUGACAGAGAUGAAUUCGCGUCUUGCUAUUAGGAAUCACAACUGGUGCAGCUCUAGACCUCCUUUCCACUGCCCGAGAGUACUGCUUCACUGCUUCUUUGGGCAGUUUGCGGGAAUGGCUCAGCCAGUCUCCUCCAUCAACCACUAGGGUUGUUCCAUUAACGUAUUUUCCUAAAAGCAGAAGACCAUAAUACUCUCAGUGAAUGGCAACAUCAUGGAAAAAAACAAAAGAAAAUGAAAGAAAAAUGAGAGGAAUCUUCGUCCUAGCUUUGUCCAAAAUCUCAAGAUUUUCCGUAGUUUAUGGAAGCAUCAACUGUUUUCUGGAAUGGAGUCUUUACGUACAAUUAUCUUUAUCGCA